UGCAUAUAUACCUAGAAUCCAAACUAAUACUUUCAUCACUCGUUUAUUGCUUCGCUCAUCGAAUCAUAUUCAUAUACUAAGAUUCUUGAACAUAACUCCAUUUUGUUAUGGAUUGCAGGAUCUGAUUUCUUCAAAAGCCUAGGCCACUCAAACUUCAAUUUCAAACUCGAAAAAAUAAUUGCUUUACCCCACAAUCACUCAAGGUAACGCGUGGUUUGGACAACAACUCUCUUUUAUAUCUCCCAACUUAAUGGAACUGUAUUUUCAUACUCACCCAAAUAAAUUCGCCGAUCAAUAUCUUUCUCUUGGUUUGACAAGCAGGUAGAUUCGGCAGAUAGUUUCUGGGACUGCAGGACGAGCAGGGGUUUGCGAGGUACAAAACAUUUCCCUGAGUCACCCGUCAACCAAUUGAUCUUGGUGCUCUUUGAACGGUUGGAUUUUCUGGUUUUAUUGAAAGGCCGGCAAUUUACAGGAGAUACUGGGUUACAGUAGUAUUCAUUCAUAUCUGAUUCCGUACCCGAACGUUGAGUCUGUUUGUGGGGAGCUCCUUCCACAUACGUAUACCCGCAGCAAAGAUGUUGUUGCUUAGAGGUUCUUUCCCGCCCAUUGCGGCCGGAAGGGUAUCAACACGAACUUUUUCCACCGUCUUGAAAAGUGGAAGAUCCAGCAAGAAGAUGGGUGAAUUGCAAACGUCGUUGUUUAAUCACGUGCUACAGAGGUCGUACAGUACUGAUGUCGCCGACAGGGAAAAGAGGUAUGGGGCUGUGGUCGUAGGCUCUGGGCCAGCUGGACUUGCUGUCGUGGGUAAUCUUUUGGAACAAAAGAAAGGUCCAGUUCUGUGGAUUGGAGAUGCUAGGGAAUUCGGGGGUGGCAGAUUGCAUCAGAAGUAUCGGGCUGUGCCUUCGUGAGUUUUGUUCUUCCACUUGGUGCCUACCUGGAGGUAUGAAUCUAAUACUUCUUAUCGUCAUAGGAAUACAAAAGUCAAAUUCUUCUCUAUGUUCGCAGAGGCUUUAGAACCUUUCCAACAAAUCAUAAAGGACACUGCUACUCCUAAUGCUUAUAGCCUCUUAAAAGAUCUUGACCAGGAAAAGACCUGCCAUAUUGCUGAAGCUGCUGGUUUAGGGUUGAUGUUAGCAAGAGGGCUUGAUGAGUCUAAAGGUGUAAACAGAUUUAGACAUGGGAGGUUGCGAAGUGCUUAUUGGUCAAAUGUAAGCGCAGCGUCUCGUUUGAUUUUCCACAAGCUAACUCCAAACAGGACAACGGCUGGAAUGUCAAAUUCGGCCGUUUUGAAAAGCAAGAUUGUUCAGCAUCCUCGGAUCUCCUCUUUUUGUGCACCGGAUCUCACCCCACUAAGAUCAACCUCCAACUUAAGCAGGAGGGGCCUCAGCCGCAAUAUUAUCUUGGUCUUGAUACCUGUUUAAGACCUAAUAGUUUGUUACAUAGAUUGCGUCGUAGUUUUAAAGCGAUGUCAGACUCGACUAAAAUCACCACUAUCGCCGUCAUUGGUGCGUCUCACAGUGCGAUUCUCGUACUACGAAACCUCUACGAAGCCGCAACUUUGCUUAAGGAAAAAGAUGGUCAAAUUCGCAUUAAAUGGCUUACUCGCCAUGAGCUUCGAUAUGCUGAGGAGCGUGAUGGAUGGAUCAAGCGUGAUAACACGGGCCUCAAGGGUGAAGUAGCCACAUGGGCAAAGGAGAAUCUCGAAGCCGAUACGUUGCCCACAUCUGAUGUUUCUAAAUACCUCGAGAAAGUGAAGACCUCUCCCGAAACAGAGACGGAAGACUACGAGAAACAUUUACCGGGGUGUAAAUAUGUGGUGCAGGCUAUUGGGUUCACGAAGAAUGAACUUCCACCGAUUAAGAGAAAUGAGGAGCCAUUAGAAAUCACCUAUAAUCACGAGACAUCGGAAUUUGUCGAUGCGGAGGGAAAGACGAUUAGAGGAUUGUAUGGUGCUGGAAUUGCGUUCCCGGAAAAAGUCGUGGAUCCAGAGGGCACGACGGAGUAUGCGGUUGGGUUGUGGAAGUUCAUGAAGUAUUUGAAGAGAGUUGCGCCAACAUGGACUGCAUGAAGAGGUUCGUGUGCUUGGUAUCCUGGUGCUGAGAGAUAUUACCUGAUGGAUGAUGGUGAUGAGAUAGAUUGUUUCAAAAUGCAUACCCUACUCUUUCCUACAAAUAAAUUUGCUAUAGAUUUUUCCUAAUAUUCUUAAUCCCUAUACCCUGAUAUCAUCCAAGAUUUUACUUUCUUCCUCAAAAUAAUAU